GACCACAGCCGUCUCGGAAGUACCUCUUCCGAAGUUAUGGAGAAAACCUCUACGGACACACUUCCUCUCACCAUGAUUUCUUCAGAGAAGCAAGAGACUGUCUGUAUUUUUGGAACUGGAGAUUUUGGAAGAUCACUUGGACUUAAAAUGCUCCAGUGUGGUUAUUCUAUUGUUUUUGGAAGUCGAAACCCAGGGAUGUCCAGUCUGCUGCCCAGUGGUGCAGAGGUCUUGAACUACUCAGAAGCAGCCCAGAAAUCUGACAUUAUAAUCCUAACCGUCCACAGGGAACAUUAUGAUUUUCUCACACACCUAACUGAGGUUCUCAAUGGGAAAAUACUGGUUGAUGUCAGCAACAAUCUCAAAAUCAAUCAGUAUCCGGAAUCGAAUGCAGAGUACCUCGCUCAGUUGCUGCCAGGAGCCCAUGUAGUAAAAGCAUUCAACACUAUCUCAGCCUGGGCUCUGCAGUCAGGAGCGCUGGAUGCAAGUCGCCAGGUGUUUGUCUGCGGAAAUGACAGAAAAGCCAAGCAGAGAGUGAUGGAUAUUGUUCGUACUCUUGGACUUACUCCGUUGGAUAAAGGAUCUCUCAUGGCAGCCAAAGAAAUUGAAAACUACCCCCUGCAACUAUUUCCAAUGUGGAAGUUCCCCUUCCGUUUGUCUGCUGUUCUGUGUGUCUUCUUCUUUUUCUACAGUGUAAUAAGAGAUGUAAUCUACCCUUAUGUGUAUGAAAGAAAAGAUAAUACAUUUCGCCUGGCUAUUUCCAUUCCCAAUCAUAUCUUUCCAAACACAGCACUCACACUGCUUGCCUUGGUUUACCUCCCUGGUGUUCUUGCUGCCAUUCUGCAGCUGUACCGAGGUACAAAAUACCGCCGAUUUCCAGACUGGCUUGACCACUGGAUGCUCUGCAGAAAGCAGCUUGGCUUGGUAGCCUUGGGAUUUGCCUUCCUUCACGUCCUCUACACACUUGUGAUUCCUAUUCGUUAUUACGUACGAUGGAGAAUGAACAACAGAACCGUUGUCCAGGCAAUAGCCAAGAAAGAAAAUCCAUUUAUUAUCUCUACUGCCUGGCUCAGCGAUUCCUAUUUAGCCCUGGGAAUCCUUGGAUUUUUCCUGUUUGUACUCUUGGGAAUCACUUCCUUGCCAUCAGUCAGCAACAUGGUCAACUGGAGAGAGUUCCGAUUUGUCCAGUCCAAACUGGGCUAUUUGACCCUGAUCUUGUGCACAGCCCAUACCCUUGUGUACGGCGGGAGGAGAUUCCUUGAUCCCUCGACCCUCAAGUGGUGUCUUCCGUCAGCCUACGUGAUAGCGCUGAUCAUCCCUUGCACCCUGCUGGUGGUCAAGUUCAUCCUCAUCCUGCCGUGUAUAGACAAGCCCCUCACCCGGAUCCGCCAGGGCUGGGAAAGGAACCCCAAAUUCUUGGAAUCGGCCCUCAAUGGAAAAACAGAUCUUUAAAGCAAGGUUCAGUUCACCCAAAUUUCUGAACUGUGGUGUCCUACGUUCAGAGAAGAAUGACGGGGACAGUCAAGAAAGUACUUUUCUCCCUCCAUGGCGUGAAGGUUGUGAACCAAGAAAGAAAUCACACAUGGCUUUGAGAAGUGGACACC